AUGGACGAACAAAGCAUCCGGUCGUCGCAGCGUGUGUCGCGUUCUUGCGUCGAGUGCAGCCGAAGGAAGAUCAAGUGCGACAAGAAGAUCCCGUGCAAGCCAUGCGUGCGCCGGAAUCUCGCCCACGAGUGCCAGCGGCCCAUCACCCGCGUCCGAGGCAUGCUUACAGUGGCGAGCACCGUUGACCGCCUGUCGGUUGAUUCCGAAGACAACACUGUUGAUGAACUUCUUAAGGAACGAUGCGCCCUGCAAGCGCAGAUCGCAGAACUCGAAACCGCUCUGGCCCUCUCCAAACCAUGUGGACACACUCACGGCAACAAAGUCGAAUCCCAUCGUCAAGGUCAGACACCAAUAGCUGCCUUUGAGGAUCUUGUACCUGCUCUGGAGCAAUUCGACCUCCAAGUGUCACAUGAUUCAGAUCCUGUCGCCAUGUCGGAGAAGGACAUGGCCGACCGCCUGUACGAACCUUCGACCGAUCCUGUCUUUCUCCUGCUUCCCUCGAGAGACAUCAGCGAGCAGCUAGUGACGUAUUCGUUACGCACGUUGGGUUGGUUGCAUGGUGCCGUCCAUGCGCCCGAGUUCAUCACCGAGCAUGAGGACUUUUGGAACCGGAUCCACAAUGGUGUCCCCCUUGACGCUAAAGAUCGACCUUGGCUUGCACUGUACUUCGCUCUCCUCGCGACUGGCCUCCUCUACCUCGACCCCGAAGAGGUGCCCGCUAUCUCGGAUCUACCUCAGCUGAAUCUUCAUCAGUACCAGCAACAUGAUGAGAUGAGAUAUGCUGUGCAUACGUCGCGUCUCUGGUAUGAAGUCGCUUUGAAGGAAGUGGAGCGUUACGGAUGUUCCGGCUCGCCCUCUCUAAGGAUUGUGCAAGCUCUGUCAGUACUGACUCUGUGCCACUCCAACUUUGGUGAGCCUCAACGAGAAUGGCUGUUUACUGGUUGGGCGGCAAGUAUUGCGCGUUGCUUAGACAUGCAUCGUCUAGGCAGUGAGGUCGCCCACUCGCGAACCGUGGGUAUCCGCCCUGAAUGGUCGUCAUUCGAGAAGCGCGAACUCGGACGUCGCGUUUGGUGGACCUAUGUAAUCCGUGACUGGCUAGGAAGUUGGUCCCGCCCUCCGUCAAUCACCCCAGCGAGUUUCUGCUGCAAAUUCUCGACCGAGAAUGAGGCCAAUCACGAUGUCAUUCUCGAAACACCCACCCACACGUCCAGCCCUUCGCCGAUGGUCUAUCAAUCAGUCAUGUGCCGACUUUCGUACAUCUUCUACAUCUACAUCAAGGUCAACACACACCAAAACGCUUCGAAGUUUAUCAAAGCGCUUGAAGAAAUUGAGAUUGUCAAGCGAAACUUGCCUCUGCAUUUGUCGACCAAAUUUCCCGCAAACAUCGACGACGAAGAAUGGGAAGCCACACACUCUUGGAUCACAUUCCAACGUUAUCUCAUCAAUCACGCGAUCGAAUUUAUGAUGCUCAGUAUUGCGCGUACUCUAGCCAUGGGCAAUAUUGGCAGCGAAUCAGUCCGUUAUCGUGAAUCAGCUAUGGCCUCAGCAACAACCAUUCUUCAAAGCUAUCUGGCGCCUGUGCCAAGAGUCUACAAGCUUGUCUGGACGGUUUCGGCCUCAACAGUCGCUGCAGCAGUCUACACCUCUCUUGAUAUUCUCAUGAAUCCCCAGGACUACACACCGCAGAGGAAACAUGAACAUGUCGCCCUUUUGAAACAGGUUGUUCAGGAGCUCAGUAAAUACACGCACGUCGCAAUUCACGCCGCAAAGGGAUCAGCUUCUAUUCAGAAGCUCCUAUCUCGCCUUGAACAAAACUUCUCCAUGUCACAUCUCUCUGUCCACGAUAUUCUUCGCCAUCUCACAACUCAGGAAAUGCCGUCGACCACAUCCGAAACCCUAGCAGAUGGUUAUGUUCUACCUGCACAAACCAUACCGGUCCCUGUAGAUGGCUGGAACGAAAUCAUGAGUGGCCACGACAUGAACAUCCCGCAUAUGGACCAGGGCCAUAUUGAUGGUCUGCUUGGCCCCUCGGAUACUUGGGACAGCUUUAUGGAGUUUCCCACCUUCCAACAUCAACAUCAGCCUCUGCAUCAACCUAUUCAUCAAGCUCAACAGCAGCACUACGAAGGAUGA